GCCGGCGGCUCGGCUUCUCGAAGGUAAACAGCGUUUCCUCUUCCUCCUCGAUGCGUCUCUUCCUUUUAUAGUUAUUUCUCGCCUGGCACUCGCCGGGGCUGCUGCUGCUGCUGCUGCUGCUGCCGCCGCGGCGGGGGCCGCUCGCAAACCUGUGGCGGUGACGUGAGACCGGCCAACCCGGAAACGGCGGCGGCGGCGGCGGCACCCGAGGCUCCGAGGCUCCGAGGCUCCUGCGCUCCAGCGCCCGCGGCCGCGCUCCCCUUGCCACUCCCCUGGGCCGCCAGGAGAAGAAACUGAGGCCUGGAGUUUAAGCAAUUCGUUCAAGGUUACCAAGUUGAUAGAAGGACAAGAACAGAAUCACCAGCACUGGCUGAAGGUACCUUAACAUGGGGAAUCUUCUUAAAGUUUUGACAUGCACAGACCUUGAGCAGGGGCCAAAUUUUUUCCUUGAUUUUGAAAAUGCCCAGCCUACAGAGUCUGAGAAGGAAAUUUAUAAUCAGGUGAAUGUAGUACUAAAAGAUGCAGAAGGCAUCUUGGAGGACUUGCAAUCAUACAGAGGAGCAGGCCAUGAAAUACGAGAGGCAAUCCAGCAUCCAGCAGAUGAGAAGUUACAAGAGAAGGCGUGGGGUGCAGUUGUUCCACUAGUAGGCAAAUUAAAGAAAUUUUAUGAAUUUUCUCAGAGGUUAGAAGCAGCAUUAAGAGGUCUUCUGGGAGCCUUGACAAGUACCCCAUAUUCUCCCACCCAGCAUCUAGAGCGAGAGCAGGCUCUUGCUAAACAGUUUGCAGAAAUUCUUCAUUUUACACUCCGGUUUGAUGAACUCAAGAUGACAAAUCCUGCCAUACAGAAUGAUUUCAGCUAUUACAGAAGAACAUUGAGUCGUAUGAGGAUUAAUAAUGUUCCAGCGGAAGGAGAAAAUGAAGUAAAUAAUGAAUUGGCAAAUCGAAUGUCUUUGUUUUAUGCUGAGGCAACCCCCAUGCUGAAAACCUUAAGCGAUGCCACAACAAAAUUUGUAUCAGAGAAUAAAAACUUACCAAUAGAAAAUACCACAGAUUGUCUAAGCACCAUGGCUAGUGUGUGCAGAGUCAUGCUUGAAACACCGGAAUACCGAAGCAGAUUUACAAAUGAAGAGACAGUGUCAUUCUGCUUGAGGGUAAUGGUGGGCGUCAUAAUACUCUAUGACCACGUACAUCCAGUGGGAGCAUUUGCCAAAACUUCAAAAAUUGAUAUGAAAGGUUGUAUCAAAGUUCUUAAGGACCAACCUCCUAAUAGUGUAGAAGGUCUUCUCAAUGCUCUCAGGUACACAACAAAACAUCUGAAUGAUGAGACUACCUCCAAGCAGAUCAAAUCCAUGCUGCAAUGACAGUUCUGGAAUAAGCACCUGCUGUAGACAGAAGACAGUAUUCUGCAGUGACUGAGAAUGCACAGUUUUUAGUGAUUGCAAUUACUAUCUCAUUUACUCUUGCUUUUUAUUUCUUUCCUCUGUUCCUCCUCCCUCUUUUUUAAUCAUGUUCUUGUUCUUAAGACUUCAUUUCUGUGCCAAAAUCAGUAAAGUUAUACUCUGAAGGGACAUUGUCCUUUCAAACAGGCCAUCUAAGGCAGCUAAUUAUGCAUUGCAUUGGGGUCUCUACUGAGGAAAAUUCUGUGACUUGAACUAAAUAUUUUUAAAUGUGGAUUUUUUUUGAAAACUAAUAUUUAAUAUUGCUUCUCCUGCAUGGCAAAACUGCCUAUUCUGCUAUUUAAAAACCCUCAAUGACUUUAUUUUCUACUGCCGCUUUUUUCAUGUGCAGCCAAAAUGAAAAUGUUUAAAUUAACUGUGUUGUACAAAUGGUACCCAACACAAACUUUUUUUAAAUUAGUAAGACUUUUGUUUAAAGUUUUAAGUUUGCAUUUUGACUUUUUUUGUAAGGAUGUAUGUUGUGUGUUUAACCUUUAUUAACUAACGUUAAAAACUGUGAUGUGUGCGUAGAAUAUUACGUAUGCAUGUUCAUGUUUAAAGAAUGGCUGUUGAUGAUAAAAUAAAAAUCAGCUUUCAUUUUUCUAA